AUGUCGUUUCUAUGCUCUGACUGCGCUCUUAUGACUGGAGGCGUACCUUGCCCCAGGUGUUUCUCGAUUCACACCCCCUUUCACGUUCAGGGUGAACAAAAUGUUCCAGGCCAAAAUGUUACUGAUAGUCGACAAGGCCAGCCCCUCGAAACUCCCUACAAGAGUUUCGUUCCCGAGGAUAUUGGCGGUUUCUAUAACGGCCAAUUCUCUAAGAAUUCGGUCACAAAUCCCGCGAAAGGAAUGAUGGCUCCGUCCCUACUUGAAAAUAAUCAGAACCAAGGCCCCAAUAGAGAGCUCGCAGUUCAAUCUCUCUCGAAGGUUCCUAUCGACGCCGAACACAAAACUUCUCGCAAGCCGUAUAACUACACGAGCACCACCAAAGGGUUCAUGAAACGAGCUCCAGUAAUUUCGCCAGUGAAAUACACCCACUAUGAACGCUACUGUCGCCCAAUUAUGCCCAAAGUCAAACGCCUGACCGUUGGACUUUUUACGGCUAGCUGCAAUUUCCCGAAUUGCAGUGCCAAAUUUAGUAGUCCGCGUGAACCUUUAGCGACGAGUGCACUGCGAAAGCACCAGAGGCAACAACAUCAUACAUGGGCCAAAGAGGUCACAAGAAGAGACGCGGUCACUUUGGCCUGGAAAGAAACGACGAACUCGGGCAAAUUUUUGUCUGGAAAAGAACCAGUUGAGCCGAAGGAGGUUUCGGAAACCUCUAAGUGA